AUGUACCCCUACUUCCCUGACAGGAGAAGCGCUAUGCAAGGCGGGGUGCAGGGAGGAGGAAUGAUGGCGGGAGGGGAGGGAAGAGAGGAGGAGAGGAGAGGAGAAGGCGAUGGAAUCUUGGCAGUGAAAGGACGAGAUGAUCCGCUGAUCCAAGGAAACGCUGCUGCCGAUCCCCUGAACACCUCUUUGCACUCGCGUGAAGUCAGCGAUCCCCUGGUUGCUCCAGGACUCCUCCCCGCAGACCCGAUUGUGCAGAGUGGAGACGAUUCAUUCACAGCUCAUGAAAGUGAUGGCGACACAGCUCGUAUCCUGGUCCAAGGUGAUGAGCACCUCAAGCUCGGUCACUUGAGCAUGCAGGGGUCGAACACCAUGGCGACGGACGGGUCUCCGAGCAACUCAACCGAAGAGCUGGAGGCGGAGUUGUUCGAUGAAGUGUUCACGGUAGAUGAUGUUAUAGAGACAAUUGGUGGCUUCGGACGGUACCAGCAAUGGUUGUUUGCUAUCCUUGGAUUCACCUUCUUCGUAAACGGAGCGCUGAAUUUACAGCAGAUCGUGGUAGAGAGAGCAGCAGAGAUAAGGUGUUUCCCUACAGCACCCAACUGUACAGUAUGUGAUCCAGUCGGUGGAGAAUUUAUAGGAGACUUUGCAGACUACGGGUCUGUUUCCGCGUCUUUCAGUCUGGUUUGUGGUCGCGAAGUGCUGCGAGGUUCGCUGGGCUCGGUGUUCUUCUCAGGGUUUGGGUUCGGGUCAUUCUUCGGGGGGAUUCUUUCGGACAAGAUUGGUAGGAGGAAGGGAAUCUUCGUGGUGAACGGCCUGCAGCUUGUCGGGUCCGGGGGAUUCAUCGCCUCAAACUACUAUCUCUAUGCCUUGUUCCGGCUGAUUGCCGGAGCUGGGUGUGGGGCUGGGAUAGUUGUGAACUUCGUGUUGAUGAUGGAGUUUGUUGGGAACAAGCAUCGAGGAUGGAUGGGAGGAUUUGGGAUGAAUGGACUAUGGUCGUUUGGCGGCCUUGUGGUUGGUCUGCUCGCAUCGUUCAUACAUCAGGUAAACAAGUACUCUGGCUCUGACAUAAGCGAGCUACGUGACAAUGAGCGAAUUCAACAGAUUUAUCUUCACAAUGAUUCUCUUUCUCUGGCGGAAUGGCGCGCCGUCUCUUCGAUUUCUUUCAUUCUCGUCGUGAUACAAAUCGUCGUGACUGUCUACCUGCCAGAAUCACCGCGCUGGCUGCUGAUGAUGGGGAGGGCUGACGAAGCCUACAAUGUGCUGCACAAGGCCGCACAAACAAACAAGAGGAGCUUGCCGCGAGGAAGGCUCAAGGGGAUGAACGAGAUCAAGGGGAUCCCUUCUGAACUCGAACUGGAGGAUCCUGGGGAGUUUCAGAUAACUUUGAUCAUGCUUCUGUGCUGGUUUACAGCCAGCUUCACUUACUACGGUCUUGCUCUCAACACCGGGAGCCUUGCUGGAGAUUUUUAUUUGAACAUGUGUGUAAAUAUGGCGGUGGAUAUCCCAGCUCUUGCUCUGUCGAUCGUGAUGUUUGAUAGGAUAGGACGAUCUCGCUCUCUGGCCAUUACGCUGCUAAUCGGAGGCUUCUCAUGCGUGCUGUGCAACGCUGUGCCCGAAGACAACAACUGUGCCGCCGGAGAGUGCAACGACGUGUACAUCAAGUCGAUCUUGGCGUUCUGUGGGAAGUUCAUGCUGUGCAUCACCUUCUCAGCUGUCUUUGUCUAUGCAUCAGAAGUGUUUCCUACCAGUGUGCGAACUCAGGCCAUGGGCAUCAGCUCCCUCAGCGCGCGGGUUGGCGGCAUUUCCGCUCCCCUCGUAGUCUUGUUGAGCACAGCAUCACCGAGCCUUCCCAUGUGGAUCUUUGGGAUCAUCUCCAUCGUAGCGGGAUUGUUCAGUUUUCGCCUCCCCGAAACAAACAAUCGCGACCUGGCAGACGACAUUUGA